CCGUGGGGGCCGCGGGCCGGAGGUACCGGCUCCCGGCUUGGACUCCGGGUUCCCGGCUCUGGGGUCGGUGGCGCGGCCCCCGCAGGCAGUGAGGCCGUGCGGGCCGGGGCGCCUGGCGUCCCUCCGCCAGGCCCGCCAUGCAGGGCCCCGCUGGGAACGUGAGCCGCGGACUGCCGGGCGGGCCGCCCUCCACCGUCGCGUCCGGGGCGGGCCGCUGCGAGAGCGGCGCGCUCAUGCACAGUUUUGGCAUCUUCCUGCAGGGUCUGCUCGGCGUCGUGGCCUUCAGCACUUUGAUGCUCAAACGCUUCAGAGAACCAAAGCAUGAAAGACGUCCAUGGAGGAUAUGGUUUUUAGACACUUCAAAACAAGCCAUAGGAAUGCUGUUCAUCCACUUCGCAAAUGUAUACCUAGCAGAUCUCACCGAAGAGGACCCUUGUUCACUGUACCUCAUCAACUUCCUCCUGGAUGCCACCGUGGGCAUGCUGCUCAUCUACGUGGGCGUGCGUGCCGUCAGCGUCUUGGUGGAGUGGCAGCAGUGGGAGUCUCUGCGUUUUGGCGAAUAUGGUAACAUACUAUGGACACUGGACCGGGGCAUGAAGGGGGGCUUCCUAGUGGGGGCUCUGCGCCUUGCCCCAUACAGCCCUCCAGGCCAGUGGAUUUGGAGAGGCUUCAGGAGCUGGCGGCUGUCUCUGCUGCGGUGGAAGUUCUGCCGGUGUCGGAGUGCCCAUGUCUGUGGCAUGUGGGGAGCAUUCGCAGAGCAUGUCGACAGCGCUGGUUUCAGGAGCCCAUGGAGGGGGUCUGGGUGGACCAGCUUAUCUCAUUCUGUCAAGGGGGCUUCCCCAUCGCUUCUUCUAAAGAAACAUGAGACUCCAGGCCUCCUAGAGGGGCUGGCACCACUGGCGGUGACUCAGGGCCAUGCCUCUUCGCUGCCUCAGAUCCUGAUCUCGGCCGAUGACGAGAUGGAGGAAUCCGACAUGGAGGAGGACCUCCACAGACUGACCCCCCUGAAGCCUGUGAAGAAGAAGCACCGGUUCGGGCUGCCUGCUGGCACUCAGGAAGCCCCCAUCAAGAAGAAGCGCCCCCCUGUGAAGGAGGAGGAUCUGAAGGGGGCCCGAGGGACCCUAGUCAAGAACCAGGAGAUCAAGUCCAAGACGUACCAGGUCAUGCGGGAGUGUGAGCAAGCUGGCACCACUGCCCCAUCUGUGUUCAGCCGGACCCGAACUGGCACUGAGACCGUGUUUGACAAGCCCAAAGCUGGCCCCGCCAAGAGUGUCUUUGGCUAAGAGAUGCACACCACUCCCCUCGCCACCACCAACACGGACACACAGGAGUCUUUCCCAAGAACUUUUUUAUGCCAGAACUCAACCUGUUCACCUGUCGCCUCUGGGAUGGCCGCCCCUUCCCCACAGCCCUAGCCCCUCGGCCCAGGGACUCUGCACCAGCACCUGGGAAACCCAAAUAAAGAGGAUGCCCAAGUGGCCCCAGCA